AUGGCCGCCGCACCGACCAAGCACAUGCUCCACUGUGAAAUUAUGUUUCAGGCAGUUUUCAACGCCCUGUGUGUGGCAUUCACUUCAGCCGUGACCAUGGAGGCCUCCAGCUCUGUACCAACAGCCUGUAACUCUCCAAGGCUGAGAGCAAAAAAGAGCAAGCAUCCCACACAGCCUGCACCUGUGGUAAAGCCUACUCGCAGAUCUCCCACACGGAGACACCCUGCCAGACGGAGGUCUUGCCGUUCUCACCUACCUGCAUGCGGCUCAAGCACCCAAGCGGACCAGCGUUCUACGGAAUAUUGA